AUGGGCGUCAUCAUCGGCACGGUGCUGUUCGCCGCCGCCGGUGGCCUUGGGGCGUUGAGUGCUCCACUGUGGGCGAAGAGCCAAGUGGAUCUUGUCCGCAUUCUCUGCUUCACUGCCGCCUUCUGCUGCUGGCUGUCGUGGGUGCUCAUCUACAUGGCGCAGCUUAACCCGUUGAUCGUGCCGACACGCAACAUCAAGAAAGAGUGA